CAACAACAACUUCAACAACAACAGCAGCACAAACAACAGAAGCAACAAAAGCAACAGCAGAAGCAGCAUCAACAACAAUCACAAAACCAACAGUCACAAUCACAGCAUCAAUCACAAACACCACACCAACAACAGGCACAACACCAUCAGCAGCAUCAACAGCAGUUGCACCAGCAACAAAAUCAGAGUUAUAAUCCUUAUCCAAAUGUAGCUUUUGAUGAAAACGGAUGCUUCAUAAAGGCUGAGCCAAUGUUCUCCAAUUACUCGACAAAUCCAAAUAUGACUAACAAUAUAAAUAUAACUGGUCACGGAUCCUCGCGUUAUCAUCCAUAUGAUAAUAUACAACGGUUUCCAACUGACAUUACCGGUUCACGGGGGUCGCGAAGUCCAACUUUUUAUUGCUACAAGUGCAGUAACCCUUUCGAGAAUGAGACUUAUUACAGUGAGCACAUUAAAACGUGCACAAUCUUACCUGGUAUUUAUCUGAAUCAAUCGCAAUAUCAACAAUUAGGCACCCAUCAACACCUCUAUCAACCACAAUUACACCUAUCUCCUAAUCAUUUAAGUCAGCCGCAAAUACAUUUAUCUCCAACUCAGCCGAAUCAAUCGCAGUUGCAUUCAUCAUCGACUCCUCCGAGUCAAUCGCAAAUGAUGGUAUCUCCAACUCAUUCAAAUCAACAACAACAACAACAGCAACAACAGCAGCACAGUUACGAGUACAACGGUGAACCAAAUGCAGACUUGGAACCGAAACAAGAACCAGAGGAACCAGCCGAGCUUCUCGAUUUGGAUUCUCACAAGGUACAAACUCAUAGAUACAAUGAAAAUUUAAUGAGAAUUUAUCAUGAGCAAGAGGAACAGCAACAGCAACAUCGACGAGAACAGCAGAUUCAAUCACAGCAACAACAGGCAAUGCAACAUCAACAACAAGCUCCUGUUCUUCAAGGUUUGAUGGGUUGGCCAGCAGGUGCUACACUUGAUUUGUCAGGGAAUUUCCCACCCAUGCUGCCUAUGGAAAAUGUUCCGCCGAUUCCUGAUCAAGGACAAUACACGCACGGCCAACAUAUGUCUGUGGAAUCGUCCCUACAUUCCGGUUCCGCCGUUAUCGGUAGCACGCAUGGGAUGCCAACGUCAAUGUUAUCACAACCACCGAAAUCUUCGUCGCUAAAUCAAUCGUGGAAGAGUAACGAGGCACGACGACCAAAGUCUUACAACUGCACUGCGUGCAACAAGUGGUUCACCAGUUCGGGCCAUUUGAAAAGACACUACAAUACAACCCUUCAUAAGAAUGCCGUGAAACAAAGCAAUCGGCCGGAUCCGGCUAACUUACCGAUAAGUGCACAUCACCAUCCUAACAGGGAUAACGGACAAGAACGAAGAGUCGCUCGGCGUACUGGAAUAACGCGAGUAUCUCCAGAGUUAUCAAACUCGCGUAGUCCACCAAACUCCACUGGUUCUUCAACCGAGGGAACAAGAAUGAUGCAUGCCUCCAUCUCAACCACCACCUAUAAUAACAACUCCAACACCACCAACAAACCUUCAACUGUCAACCUUGGCCAACAUCAACAACAACAACAACCAUUAGCUUCAAUGGCUGUUUUGGGCUCCACAAUGUUACCACACAAUUCACCAGCUCUCCCAGCAAUGGCAGCACACCACUCUCUGAUGCGUUCAUCCCCGCCAAAUCUAGUUCUCCAUCAACAACAGCAGCAACAUCACUUACACCAGCAACAACAUCAUCAUCAACAACAACAACAACAACAACAACAACAGCAACAGCAACAGCAACAACAUCACCACCAGCAGCAACACCAACAAAUCCAUAUGCCAGUGGGUUCACCAAUGGACUCGCAAAUGAAUCAGCAAUUAGUUACGCCAAUAAGUCCUCCAGUGAGUUCAACAUCGAAUCAACAUCUUAUUAACCAUCCACUGAGUUCACCUAUCUCAAUGCAGCAAACCACGGGCAUCAAUCUUAACUCAGCUCAGCAUAAUCUGACUUCAGGUCAGGUUCAUCAAGGAAUGGUUUCGCCCCCUGCAAUGGUGAAUACGAUCCCUCAACAGAUUUACCCAAACGAAUUGCCCCCCCACGUUACACCCUCUAUCAACAUGGGCCUGCGUCAACCUAUCAACAUCACACCAACUACUAUUGGUGAUCCAGUGAUGACGGGUCCUACGGAGGAGCCACAACACCAGAACCACCAGCAGCAUCAUCUUCAACAGCAGCCCUCAGAGAUGUUACCCAGUUUUGGGACUUUUAAUAAUUCUCAAAGACCUUUGCCGAGUUUCAAUCAAUUCGGCAUCUCGGGGUUCUCGGUAGGGCCCGAAUCAAUGCAGGCCGCUAGCGUGGGGGGGCUAUGUCAAGAGGAGAGAACUUCUUCUCAAGGCAGUUAUUGUGGGUCGUGCUACGAUAAUUAUAACGUAUCACCCCCAUAUGAUACAUUCACAAAUUUGGAUAUUGCAUCGGGGCCAAUACAAAACAACAACGCCAAUCACGGUAUGGUAGCUGGAAACUAUUAUAUAAAUGAACAACACUCUGUAUAUAUCGCUGAACAAAUGGCAAUGCCAAUACCAUUAGUUAACGGUGAAAAUCAAAUGUAUUAUCCGAUUGAAAUAAAUAAUAAUGUACCAUAUUAUUCGAUAAAGGAGGAACAAGAAAGAAAUGCAAAUCGCCGUCGAUUGUCCGAACGACAUCAUCAAGAUUGUAAAGAAAAUGGUGGCGAAAAUAGUCAAAAUAGAAAAGAAAAUGAACCGAAUACGACAAUUAACCCGUCCGGUAAGAUAAAAUAUAUUUGUAAAAACUGUCCAAAAACUUUUAACAAACCAUGCUACUUGACGCAGCAUAGUAAAUGUUUCCAUGCCGGGGACAGACCGUAUAAAUGUUCUGUUUGUGGUAAAAGAUUUUCCAACGAGACACAGUAUCUCAAACACCAGGUGAAACACGGAAGUGAGAAACCCUACAAGUGCGAAGAAUGUCCGAAACAGUUUAACCACAAAACGGAUCUUAGGCGUCAUAGUUGCCUUCACUCUGGGACUAAACCCUUCGUUUGCGACAUUUGUGACAAAGGUUUCAUUAGGAAGGAUCAUAUGGUGAAACAUAUGGAUACGCAUAAGAAAAAAUCUUACAACAAGCAUAAUAACAAUAGAAAACGCGACGGAGAUGACCACAACAGGUAUUCCAAAAAUGCGUCCUCUCUAAGAACGUGAUCAAAGAUAUGUCUAUGCUGCAUAUUCAAUCAUAAACAACGGCUAUGAAACUGGUGAAUGAUUCUAAUUAUAAAUUAAACAACGAUGACGAACAUUGGCUAAUCGUCAACGUGAGAGAACAAAAUUGCUUGCCUGACUACGGAAUUUAACUAUGGAUCGAUACUUUGGGAUACUUCAACGUUUUCUCAUUGUACGUACAUCUUUCUUUUUUCAUUUUUAAUAAAUAAUCAGAUAUAUAAUUUUAUUUGUUACAUUAGACAAGUAUUAAAAAACAAACGACAAAAUUCGAACGAGUCGCAAUUUUAUUUUUUUUUACAUUUUUUUUAUUUUUUGGACUUUUCUUAUUUCGACUUUUUAUUUUUCUAUCUCUUAUCUUAAAUUUACUUUUAUAUUUUUUAAUCUUCGAAGGGACACGUCGACAUCGCAUAUUUCAUUAGACAUUUUUUUUAGAUUCGUGCUUUCAAUCUUAUUCAUUGAAAGAAUUAUGAUUUUUCGAACAAUAUCAAUUCAAUUUGUUUAUCAUUAAUUUACUUUGUAUAUCCAAUAGAAAAGUUGCUCUCACAAAAUAGUAUCUUCGAUCAAUAAAAUUUCGACUAAAUAGUUCUUGUUAAGAUUAUAAUAAUGAUCGAUCGGGGAUAUUAAAAAUUACUGCGACGUCUAACCUUCGAAAAUUUAGAAAUAUUACAAAUUUACAAGCAAAUAAAAAAAAAAAAAAU